GCUCUCUUCGCGCCUCCGUCGCUGUCGUCGCUCGCUCAACUUGCUCUCACUUUCGUGCUCCGGUGACGGUGACGGUGAGAUGGAAGAAACUGAUUCAAAGAUGUGGCCUGAGUUAAUAGCUAAAGCUUUGGUAGAUGCUAUAGCUAAACUUCAUGAGUUGAGGGAAGCACUUGCAGCAUGGACUGAAGCAUCUAAGGCCAAAGCUGAAGCAUCUAAAGCAAAAGCUGAGAGAUAUAAAGGUGAGAGAAGUAAGGAGGCCGCUUCUUCUUCGUCGGAUUAUUCUCUUGCCAAGUGUGUGAUUGCUCUUAAUGAGAUGAGGAACGUUGAUGAAGAUAGUUAUGUGAAAGCCUUGGAAAAGUUGAAGAACGACCCUGAAUGGAGAGAAAUUUUCCUUAACAUGACACUUUACAGGAAAGAGCAAUGGCUAUAUCGUGUUUACCGCGGAAAGUCAUGAGUCUUUAUUUUGUUAUUGAACUUUACGAUUAUGUCAUCAAAUUUGUAAGUAGCUUGUGUUGGAGAUCGGAUUUAUGAGCCUUUAUUAUGUUAUUGAACUCUACGGUUAUCUCAUUAAACUUGCGAGUUUGUGUUUUCAAUAUGGAACUUUGUUUAUAAACUAUACUGUAUUUGGAUCAAUGGAAGUUUAGAUUUCACCAAA